AUGCCUCGGGACGACAUGACCUCCCCGCUCAUCCAGAAGAUCGGCCGUCAGGCCCUGCUGACCUUCCGCGGCCUGGGCUCGGCCGACCCCGGGAAAGGUUUCUCGGACAACCUGGCGCAGCUCCGGAAGCUGGUGAGCGAGAUCCGAGCCGAGGACCUGAAGAUCCGGCCGCGGAAGAACAAGACGACCCCCCCACCGAUCUCCGUGCCGCACAACCCGCCCGUCACCUAUAUGCACAUCUGCGAGACGGACGCCUUCAGCAUGGGGGUCUUCCUGCUUAAAGGCGGCACCGGCAUCCCGCUGCACGACCACCCGGGGAUGCACGGCAUGCUGAAGGUGCUGUACGGAAAGGUGCGCAUCAUGGGCUUCGACAAAAUGGAGGCGCCCGCCGACCUGCCGCCCCCGCCGCAGCCUUACCAGAGGAGCUCGGUGCUCCGGGCCGCCCUGCGCUCCAGCGGGGAGUACGGGGACGGCAGUCCGCCUUGUCUGCUCAGCCCGCACCGGGAUAACUUGCACCAGAUCACCGCCGUGGACGGGCCCGCCGCCUUCCUGGACAUCCUGGCUCCCCCCUACGACCCGGAUGACGGCCGGGACUGUCACUACUACAAGCUGCUGCCGCCGGGAGCACGCUGA